AUGCCCGCUGCCAAAAAAACUCUCCUAACAAUUAAUGACUACCAUUUGGAAGCUGUGUCAAGGCUUGAAAAAAUGGCAUUGGACUAUUAUGAUGGUGGAUCCGAUGAUAAAAUGACGUUGGCACGAAAUGUGGACGCUUUUCGGAGUCUUCUCAUUCGUCCUAGAUGUUUACAAGAUGUUAGCGAAGUAAACACCUCCGUGGAAUGGUAUGAUGACAUGAACAGAUUCCCUAUUGGAAUUGCACCGACUGCAUUCCAUUGCAUGGCGGAAAAAAACGGUGAACUGAGCACAGUGCGAGGAGCCUCACUAUCCGGUUCUACGAUGAUCGUCAGUUCGUGGUCUACCACACCGAUAGAAAAAAUUGCGCAUGAAGCUAUAAACUUGGGCGUGAAUUUGUGGUUUCAGCUCUACGUGUACAAAGACAAAUCCAUCACCGCCUCGCUUCUCUCACGAGCCUUGGCGUCUGGUUGUAAGGCUGUUGUUCUUACGGUGGAUACGCCAGUGUUUGGUAGACGUUUAGCAGAUGCGAGAAAUGGAUUCACCCUACCUAAAGGAUUAACUUUUGCAAACUUUGCAACCAUACAAUCCUCUCAAAUGCCAUCACCAUCGGAAGGACAAUCCGGUUUUAUGCAAUACGUGGCCAGUCAAAUAGAUCCAAGCUUAAAUUGGGAGGUGUUGGAUUGGGUGAUAAGCAACAGUAAGGUACCAGUUCUUGUAAAAGGUGUCAUGAGAGGUGAUGAUGCGGAAGAGGCUAUUCGAAGAGGCGUUCGAGGAAUUAUUGUAUCAAAUCACGGUGGACGACAACUCGAUAGCGCUCCGGCUACUAUAGAAGCGCUUCCAGAAGUUGUUCAAAGUGUCAACGGAAGAGUGCCUGUUUUCCUUGAUGGUGGUAUCCGAAAUGGGCGUGAUGUGUUCAAAGCCGUCGCACUUGGUGCUUCUGGUGUGUUUAUUGGACGUCCAGUACUUUGGGGUUUAUCCGUGGCGGGAGCUGAAGGUGUGGGAAAUGUGAUUAAACUACUUCAGACUGAAUUCAUGCAUACAAUGCAACUCGCUGGAUGCCGUUCUAUCCGUGAAAUACACGAAAGUCGAGAUAUAGUUGUGAAAGAGUCAUAUUACGCAAAACUGUGA